UUGGCAAUGUCUUUGUCUCUCUUUCAUUCACUCUCUUCCUUUUUACACCAAAGAACUUUUGUAACCUCCAAAACGUUCCCUCUCUAUUUUCGGCGGUUAAGCUGCCUCUAUCUCACCUACCAGAAGAAGAAACCCAGAAACUAACCACAGAGUUUGAACCUUUACCUCUUCUCCUCCAUACCCUUUUGGUCACAAACACUUUGUGGAACAGAGCAAAUGCCGCUUGUCAGGGUCGAAGUGAGGAACGUUUACGGUUUAGGUAAAACAGAGCUUCACAGAGACGUCGACCGUGAAGACCCUAAAGCUGUUCUCAAUGGCGUCGCCGUUUCUGGACUGGUUGGGAUCUUGCGUCAACUUGGUGAUCUCACCGAGUUUGCAACAGAGAUCUUCCAUGGGAUACAAGAGGAAGUUAUUCUUACAUCUUCAAGAAGCAAUAAACUGAAGAUGAGACUGAAACAGAUAGAAACUACUGUUCCUUCAAUCCAGAAGGCAGUGCUUGAACAACCAAACCACAUACAAUUUGCUUACACUGGAGGUCUUGAGUGGCAUCCUCGUAUACCAAAUGUGCAAGAUUACUUUGUUUAUGACGACUUGCCACAGUUUAUCAUGGCUCCAUAUGAUGAUUGCCGUGAUCCUCCACGGUUGCAAUUGCUAGACAAGUUUGAUAUAAAUGGUCCAGGGUCUUGUCUCAAACGAUACACUGAUCCUACUCAUUUUAAAAGAUCAUCAAGAGCUUCUAAACAUCCAGUGAUUAAGAAGAAGAAAUCUUUGCCUAGGAGCCGAGAUGUAUCGCGUGUUGCCUCAAUGGCUAACCAAAGUGACAGGAAGACGUUGACUUCUUUAAGCUUCAGUGGAAGAACCUCUUCCUCUAAAACUGCAUCAACUGUGGAAACUGAGUCCAAAUCCGACUUGCAAGAUCAUCGUUCUUGCUCUUUUGAUUCGAGAAGUGGUGGAGAGAAACUGAAAGGUGUAUAUACACCUUCAAGGUUUACACCAGGUCCUCGGACCAUUGCUUCAGUUCUGUCUGAAAGUGAGAGUGAAAGUGAAGAUGCUACUGAUGAUAGUCCUUCUCAAGAUCUAACACCUCGUGGCUCUUCUUGUGUUAGUUGGCGCGAGAAAGCUGAGAUAGUGGAAGCUGAUACUCUAAAACUUGAAACAGAUGAAGCUCCUGAAGUAAUGGAGACUAAUGCUGAACUGGAAUCAGGACUAAAAGAACAUAGAGUGGUUGAAACUGUACAAGAUAUCACACCAAGGGUAGUGGAAAUGGACAGUGAAGAUGAAACUGAAAGCGAAGAAGAUGAUUUUGUUGACGCGCUUUACACCAUUGAUUCGGAAUCUGACAAUGACCAAGAGGUUCAGAAGCAAAUCUCCAAUGAGAUUACAGAAGAAGAGUUUGAUAACUAUGUGUGUGAGAAAGAAACAGAGAAUGUUUCGAACAGCUUUGGUCUAGAAGAUGAGGCAAUGUGUGCUGCUGCAUCAGAGCUACAUUUAUCCUCACCAGUUAGUAAACCUGAUGAGAUGAUUCAUCAAGAUCCAUGGGAGGAUUUAGAUAUGAGCAAUGGUACUACUCAUAGUUAUUCCAAUGGCUUCUCAAAUCCAUUGUAUGAUACUAAUGGUGUUCAAGAACAUCAAGAAUCAGAAGAUGAGAGUUCUUGUGACAACGAAGAAGGGACUCAGUUAUGGACUAAUGGAAAUCUUUUGGGACUGAAGCCAUCGAAGCCGGAGAUUGAAGAGGAAACCAUCAAAGAGACUGAUGCUGAAGCCUUGCAAGAGCAGCCCUUGAGAGAAGCUCACAAGGCUGAUUUUGACUGGUUUACUUCAUCUCCUCAACUUGAUCACAUGAAAAUAUCUUUCACUCCCUCAGAAACCUUGCCGAGUUCCGAACUGAAGCUGAAACUUCCAGAUGAAUACACGUUUUCUUCCUUUCAGUUGGUGCCAGAGACUGGUGGUGGUACUUCACUUCCUGAUUCUGAUUCAGACAAGGACACUUUCUGUAGAACCUCUUCUUACGUUUCAGAUAACAGUGACAAUCAAUCUGUGUCAAUCUCUGAGCAGCAGUCGGAUGAUGAAAGAAAGAGCCAACAAGAGCUUUAUGAUGAUUCUUUCCACAGAAUCAAUACUGAAGCUUCUUCUCUCUCAGCUCCCUCUUCACAGUUUGAAACAUCAAAUGGUUAUUUAGCUGGAAAGAUCUCUUACCUCCAGAAUCCAGCUGAGCCUUUACCGCCACCUCUCCCUCCGUUACAGUGGAUGGUUUCAAAGGUACCAUCGGGUAGAUUCGAGGAUAACAACAAGCAGUCUUUUAAAGACACUCUCACACGCGCAUUGGAGCAGAGAAGUUCUUUAUCUACAGUCAAGAAAGAAGAAUCAAACAAUGUCACUGCUUAUGAUCCUAAGCCAGAUAACAACAAGCAGUCUUUUAAGGAGACUCUCACACGCGCAUUGGAGCAGAGAAGUUAUUUAUCUACGGUCAAGAAAGAAGAACCAAACAAUAUCAUUACUUAUGAUCCUAAACCAGAUAACAACAAGCAGUCUUUUAAGGACACUCUCACACGCGCAUUGGAGCAGAGGAGUUCUUUAUCUAUGAUCAAGAAAGAAGAAUCAAACAGUGUCAUUGCCUAUGAUACUAAACCAGAGAACAAUGUGAGGGAUUAUAAGCAAAGUCAUGGCAAUGUAAAAGAGACAGAAGCUGGAGACUUCUUGCAUCAAAUCCGAACGAAACAAUUUACCUUGAGACGUGUGGUCACUACAAAGGCAUCAUCAUCAGAAGCUACGAUGAACACCAACUUCAGUGUGAUUCUAGAGAAGGCAAACUCCAUCCGACAGGCUGUUGCAAACGACGAUGGAGAUGGCGAAAGCGAUACAUGGAGCGAUAGCGACACCUGAGAACUAGUGCAGUUCACUAAUACAACACAUUCAUUCGGUUCCUUGUGUGUUUAUUGCUUAGUAGAUAGCCGAUUUUGUCCAACGUUAAUCUAUCUGUAUGAUCUUCAACUUAAACUUAGGUUCUUUAACAAUAAUCGUCAUAACUAUAGCACAGAAUAAAACUUUA